AUGGCUCUUCUAAAGAUACACGGUUUCGUCCAAAUCCGAAGCAAGAACCGGAGCAAGCACACCCGGGGUUCUCAGUGGAAAGAGGCAGUCAUCGAAACAGUGGAGAGGAAGCAGAAGGCUCAUCUGGUGGUCUCCUUUAAGUUGGAAGGAAGGAGAAGGGUUUUCCCGCUGGGUGGUAAUGUUGCAGGUGUAGUGGUUAGUUAUUGUGAGGCUGGACUGCACCGUCUGCAUUUAACUCUGAAAGAUGACACAUCCUUACUCAUCGACAAGCUAUCUGCCUUCGAUGUUGAACAGUUGAAGGCUGUCCUGGAUUCUGUUCAUCCAUCUGAAUCCCAACAACUCGAGGAACCAGAGAGGAAUCCGGAUGUUCUUGAAAGCGGCGAUCUAUUUUGCCGGAAGCACCAGGAUACAUUUUGUGGAUCUUUGAAUAUCACACAAGAAAGUGAGGCGCUGUUCCCCAUGAAUAUGUCGCUUUCAAUGGCAAACUCCGCCAGCGGUUAUGUUGAAGAAGAGAGAACAGAGAAACAGAACAAGAAGCGGAAGACGAUCUCAACAUCCACUGUAGAUUUGAAUGAGGUCUUUCUCAAAGAAAGUAAUACCGAAUCAAGAAAGAAAUCCAAGAGCUACAACUCCAGGAACAAAAGAAACAAAGGAGAGAAGCUGAUGCCUAUAAGAGAUCAGGAAAUGCAUACCAACUGGAAACUUGAGCCGUUAUUCAGUACCAACUCCUGCGGGAAGCUUGACCUAGACGACACUGUUUUUGCAAGCGGAUCCAAGUUUAGCCAGGAGAUCCCAAUACAUAACGAUAUCCAGUCUCCUCUCGAUACUUGCGCAAAGCAGCUGACGCGUGAAGGCUUCCCCAAUUUAGGCAACACCUGCUACAUGAAUUCCAUCUUACAAUCUGUCUUUGGGAUCCCAACCUUCGCAAAGGACUUGCUCACACAAGGUAUCCCAUGGGAGAAAGUUUCCUGUGAUGAUCUCAUCAAGCCCUUAAGCCAGCUUCUUGUCUUGAAAGACAUCAGAGAUGUCGAGAUCAAGGGACAGUUACUCAUAAAUGUGAAGAAGUCCAUUUCCACGGUUGCAGACACAUUCUUGGGCGAUGAACAGAAUGACGCCCAUGAAUUUUUAAGUCAGUGCUUAGAUCAGUUGAAACUGAACGUGGAGAAACUGAACGCCAUGUGCAUUACUGAGAGGGAAAACGAAGUUGACGAUUUUUUUCCAUCAGCCUAUGCUGGAGCUGCCUCCACCAAAAUGUUUGUUUGUCCUGUCAGUGCUAAUUUUGAAAUAGAGCUGGAUAGCUCUAUUGUUUGUGAAGCCUGUGGUGAGGCGACCUUCAACACCGAAGUGAGUAAUUACCUCUCCGUUGACCUGCACCAAGGGACAAAAGAACACCCUCUGUCGAUUCAGAAGUCACUUGAUCUUUUCUUUACACCUGAAAAAAUUGAGCGCAAUUGUGAGAAAUGCAAGAACAAGAAUUCUGUGCUCAGAUAUACUUUGAGGAGACUCCCAAGGGUCCUUAUCCUUCAUCUGAAACGCUACCACUUUACUGCUAACAGGUUGUUAGUGAAGAGCCAGCAGCCAGUUGAGAUUUCAAAGUAUCUGGAUGUCUCUUCCCAUUGCAAUGAAAACACGAAGCCACCAUAUCCCUUGAGCAGUCAGUCCCCUCACGAGGCCUUUGGUGUCCCAAAUGUCUCUGAAGAGAUGAUGCCUGACAUCCUCAGCCAGUCGAUCCCAGCUAAGAGGGUGGCUUCAGAUUUCAUUGAUUUCACAGUCCUACAGGUUGGCUCCACUGAGGACGCUGAAGUCCAAACCUUGCACAGGAUGUAUGAGGAGCUCAGUGAGGAGCAGUGGCAGAGAGGCCUUGAAAAUGGUCCCAAAGUGGAGCCAAAGGCAGUAAAGAGAGAAAACAGGAUGCUUAGCGAGAAGACAUUGUCAGCACCUGACUCAGUGAUGUGCGACCCUCUCAGCAUCCACAUCCCAGGUCUUGCAGAGAUAGGUCUUCAACAGGUCUCCAAGAAUUCCGAAUUUAAGAAGUAUGAGAAAAUCAAUGUAUAUGGAAAGUCAGAUCAUUACACCGCAACUGAGAUGGCCAAGCUCCUCCAGAUGCACGGGAGUCGAAUCCACGCGGAACUGCUGCCUUGGGCAUCACCUCAAAGUGUUCGCAGUACCGAGGAAGACGCCGGAGCCAGGAACACUGAAACUGACUCAAGAAACGCAGCGCUGGGAGCAGAUCCCCAGAACUACAGGCUCGUCGGUGUCGUCAGCCAUUUUGGGAGCUCCCAAGAUUCAGGCCAUUAUGUAAGCGAUGUGUAUGACUUUCAAAGGCAGGCAUGGCUCCUGUACAGUGAUGUCCAAGUGUUCGAGAUCCCAGAGGCCUUGAUUCAGGAGAAUCGGCUUCACACCGGAUACAUUUUCUUUUACAUGCGAAAUGAGAUUUUUGAUUGGCUGUUGAAAAAGGCGUCAGAGUGCAAGUUACUGAACACAUCUCAAGAUGAAAAGAAUACAGAACUUUUUUCCACCUUGCUUAAUGGCUUUACAUACCUUCUGGAAGAAUCCUAA